AGCUGCUGUUUCAAUGUAAGAAUGUGCUAUGCUCCUUCACUUUGUCUGGAGUUGUUUCUCAGAUACUGGUGGAACCGGAGUUAAAUGUCAGGUCAGGGUAUGGACCACAUUAUGGUUAUUCAGUGGUGGAUCCUGUUAUGCAUAUCAGGGAAUUCUGCUGAGGUGAUGAAGAGGAGCAUCUUCUUUAUCUCUGGUCAGACAGAGAGUGUGCAUCUGUCUGUGUCAGACCUGGCUCAACCUCACGAGUCAGAGUUCAGCUGGGAGUGGACCUCACAUGAUGGGAGAUACUCAGAGAUUCAAAUAGCCAGAGCAAUAUCCUCUAGGCUAGUGGUUAGUCCACCUUUCACAGAGUACUUUUCUUGCAGCAUAGACUAUGACGUAACAGUGAAGCCGAAGUUUGAAUGUGCAGGGGUGUUUUUGUUGGUAAGAACAAAUGUCCCAUUGGUUAAGAUUGAGAUCUUCGCCACAAAAAUUACACCUUCCUUUUGGCCUUCAUUUCGUCUGAGUUCUGAUGUGAGUGUUAGUUGCGAGGUGUCCAGCCUACCAGAAGGGGCCACACUGCAGUGGGAAAGAGAGGAAGGUCCCACUUCUAACACCACGCUGUCCUACAAUAACACUGUCCAUAUGGUCAUCCACAGUGUUCAUCCGGACAGUCAGGGGGCAUACUACUGCACUUUUAGACAGAAUGGAACACUGUUAUAUAAUGUCUCUAAUGCUGUCAGAAUUGAGGAAGUUUCGUCUGAUGCCACUCUCACAAUGUACAGAGAGAGCUCCAACAGCUCUCUGGUGACACUGCUUUGUAUGACAUCAGAUAGGUACACCCAUGCAUUAUGGUCCUGGACCCCACUAUCUACAGCUAAAGACGUUCAGGUUGUGACAACUGCAAUGUACGGAUCCAAUGACACAUUUAAUGAGAGAUUUUCAUACGGGGACUUCAAUGGACACUACUUCCCUCUCUACUUCUCACCGGUGAAGUUUGAAGAUUGUGGGAGGUUCAACUGCUAUUUUGAAAACCUCCUAGUUGCCUCUAUUAAUGUGGUAACCCUAAAGGUCUCUGCAGUGCAGCCUAGUGGAUUCCCCAGGAAUCAUCCGGUAGUGCUGAGGUGUGAGGUGUCAGAGGUGAGCGGUGACCCUGUGACCCUGGCCUGGAUGAGGAUGGAGGGGAGCAGGGGGCUGCUGGUCAAACAGGAGGUCCUGACAGAGAGUCACCCCAACAGGACGCUCAGUGUGACCCUGCCCAGCUUCCGUAGCGACCAGCUGCACUGGCAGUGUGCUGUGUUCACAGAGGGCAUGCUCAGAGUAACAGCCUCCCUGACCCUCACACUCCCCACACAGACAACAAUGUCUUCAAUGACAGGGAUGGGCACCGAGACAGUGGUCAGAGGGGUGAUUACAAUGGCUGCCACCCUAGGAAUUCUGGGACUUCUCGGGUUCUACUGUCGAAGACCAAACGGCACCCAGACACAGAGACAAAAGGAGGAACAUGCUCAACUGGAGGAGACUAGUGUAUAGCCUUGUUGCUAGCCUAUGGCCUGUGGCUGUGUUGAAAUAUAGCUUUCCCACCCAUGUCUGUACCAACCAGUGACGUCUUUCACACGGAAUUACCACAUGACACACUGUGUUCUGUCAAAAGGUCUGGCAAUAGAAACUUCAUUGGUGUUAAAUUAAUGUGUUAAUCACCAACAACCUUCCCAUCAAAGACUAAUAUUGAAAACAUGACCAUGUUAUGAUACUGUAAGCAUCUUUCCAAAAGAAUAAUUUACACUGAGUGUACAAAACAUUAGGAACACCUGCUCUUUCCAUGACAUAGACUGACCAGGUGAAUCCAGGUGAAAGCUAUGAUCCCUUAUUGAUGUCACUUGUUAAAUCCACUUCGAACAGUGUAGUUAAAGGGGAGGAGACAGGUUAAAGAAGGAUUCUUGAGACAAUUGACACGGAUUGUGUACGUGUGGCAUUCAGAGGGUCAAUGGUCAUGACUAAAUAGUCAUGUUUUUACACUCAGUGUAUAUUAUUUAGUUCAUCCUAGAAAUGUACAUUUCCAUUCAUCCUCAGUCUGUAAUGUUUGUACACAAUAAAUGGUGAUGUUAAUACUA